UUGAAUAGCUCAUCCAUAAAUAUACUAUUUGUAUUUCAUCCGAAGUUUAAAAGUCCGUAAAUUGUAUUAAAACUUCCUUGUUGUGAUGUAAAGUUAUGGGUGUUUAUAUUUCUAGCAUAAAUGUAUUUUUACAGUAUCAAUAAAAAUGAAAAGAAAUAGUUUAAGUGUAAUAUUAGUUUUAUUUCUUUUGUCAGGAAUUUUAACCGGCGGGAAAUCAGGCAUGGUGACAAACGUUUUCGUGAAAGACUACAAGCCAACAAUCAAAGGAAGUGAUAUACAAAUUGUAUGUGAAAUUUCACAUUUCAACAAUUCCGAAUUAGUAAAGCUACAUAAAACAGACUCCGUUCCUCCUACAGACCUUACAACUAUUUCAACAUAUACAUAUUGUAUUCCAACUCGGUGUUACGGAAAUAUACAAAGACAUACAUUCAGCCCAAACAGUAGUGGUCUUACUAUUACAGUCACUAACCUGAAUAGAACAGAAGACCAGAAGUGGUGGACCUGUGCAAUCAAUAACCAAAGAAAGUACUUGAAAGUUACGGUGUACACAAUCUCACAGACGCUACAGUUUGAUGAUCCCCCAACCCAGGAUCAAGAUCUCAUUUAUAAUUCGGUGAUAUUGAAAUGUAGUACUGGAUGUGCUUACCCCGCGCCUUUCUUUAUAUGGUAUAUGUCCGAGUUUGGUGAGUCACGUCAUGUAUGGCCGACAUCACAAUCUAUUAAGGAAACUACUGGACAAUGUACAGACUCUGAAAACAUGUACACAUCAACAUUAUUACUACAGAGAUAUACGGUUGGUAUCGACAACACCGAUAAAACCGUCAGGUUUCAAUGUGGAAUAGAGUCUGGAAAUGAUUCAACCACUGAACUACUUACACAACCGUCCGUGAAUAUUAGAUUUGCUGUAAAAGUGACAAGUGUGUCUUUGGAAAGUGGAAAUACCUCGUUAGUAGGUACCAUCAAUGUUACAGUUGGUAUAUUGAGCAAUAUGACAUGUACAACUAGUGAAAGUAGACCUACGCCAACAGUUAUAUGGUAUAGUGGACAAGAAGAAAAAGAAAGAGUAUUAAAUUCUUCAAACGCAAACUUUGCACUAAUUCCCAAAAUUGAAGAUAAUGGAAAGGAUGUUUAUUGCAAGGCCUUCAACAUUCAGCCAGAAAAUGAAGCUUUGUCUUCAAACAAAGUUUUACUAAAUGUAAAAGAACGAGCCACUGUGAAGUCAUUGUAUGUUGACGGGCAUAUAGGAAAAACUAAUGUUACAGUUGAUGAAAAUGAUGUCGAUUUGCAACUGAUAUGUAUCAUUAGUGGAAACCCUGCUUCUAAUGUGAAAAUGAAGUUCGAAGGAAAACUUUUAAUUCAGGACACGAACACAAACAAUCUAAAUUUUCUUCGUACGAGUGUGGCUUGUAUGCAUGGUGGUGUAUAUACUUGUGAGGGACAAGAUAUACUUGGGGUUAUAACAAAACGGACUGUUAUUUUGUUUGUCAAAUUUAAGUUCAUUUCUUUUCUUUACGCAAACAUGCUUUGCAGAAUUCCCGGCAUUUAUUUUUGCGGUAUAAUAAUGUUCCAUAACAUACAAUUAUUGCAGGAAAGCCACUUGAGGGCUGUCUGCGAUAUUGUGUUUUUAUUCAACAUUUAUAAACAUACAGUACAACAAAUGUAGAAAACCAUUCUGGAG